GCGGUUUUCAAUUGAGUUUUAACUGUGAUAAGUUGUUUUCGAGUUCAAACAAAAGUGCUAUUAAGCAAGAAUACAAUUUUAGGUCAAGGUGCAUAAACAAUAUAAUUUCAGAUGAGAUCAUUUUGUCCUACAGCCCAGAAGGAUGUUAUUCUUGCACUGCUAAAUCAUCCUGCAUCCAUCCGGUUUUCGUCCUCAGAUCACCAUGACGCCACGCCCACGCCGAGAGCAGGUACAAGCCAAUGAGCGCAAAUGUACUCGAGGUAUUCACUCCUACCGUUGCCGAGUUUGCCGAGGCGUCCACCCUCUCAAGAAGUGCGUACGGUUUCUGAGAUUGACGAUGGAGAAGCGGCUCAGGGCAGUACUAAUCAAUGGGUACUGUGCUAACUGCCUGGCUCAUGAGCAUUCGGGUGAAUUCUGCCGAAGUGGUAACAAAUGCCGUCAAUGUGACGGGGCCCAUCAUACACUGCUACACAUGCGGAAGCUUCCACGAUCUAGGUCCAGAUCGCCCUAUACUGGGUCACGGUCACCCCGUCAUACAAGAAGCCCGACAUCGGUGACUCAAUCGCCGUUCCAGCCUGGAACCGGGGUUUCGUCAUCGUCCCUGACGGCUUUGUUACAACACAGAAGCCCCCGAGUGUUUCCCACCGCAUCUAUCCUGGUCCACAAUGGGGCGACACAGUUCGAUACGAGAGCGCUCAUCGAUCCUUGUGAGCCGGUGUCUCGGAUUAACGCCUCCAUGGCACAAGCAUUUCACCUCGAGAAGAUCUCAGUUGGCAGCGAGGAAGUGUGUAGCGCGGUUAUUAAGUCCAUAAUGACACCAGAAUUCCGUCUAGAAGUUUACUUGAAGAUUGACCCGCAUCUCAGCCAUCGCACGCCAUCUACUCCAAUUGAUCUGCGGAUUCGUCAGAAGUUCAAGCACCUAACUCUGGCUGAUGAGCGGUUUGAUCGCCCAUCCACUGUGGCUAUCGUUUUAGGAGCUGACGUUUAUUCGGAUGUUAUAUGCGCAGGAGUCUUGCCGAGUACAGACGGUCUGCCAGUCGCUCAAAACCCCGUCUUCGGUUGGACGCUUUCGGGAGCAUGUCGAUGCUGAAGAUAUGAGGCGCCAACGGAUGCAUUGUUGCAACACAUUGCAAGGCCGGCGGAAUGUUCGCGUGUGGAAAUCGCAUAUUAAUCCAAUAAUGACCGAUUCCGGGGUUCCAAUUUUGCGAUAACGUUUUGUGGAUUUGUUAUCUUGGCUUGAAGCCGGGUUUAUUGUUGAGUCAAUUCAGUGAAGUUGAGCUAACGUGUUCUCAAAUUGGGCAGUACAGAAUUGAAAGAGGAACGUCUAACAACCAAGACCUUGCCACAGACAUGGCCCCAGAAUGUUUAGAGAAUAUUCUGGUGGCUGUCCUUCCAAGAGGUCUGAUCGUCCCAGUCGAAUUGCACGUUAAUACUGCUUGCAAGAUGACACCACUCUUGGAAGCACUGCGAUUUGCUUUGUAGCAUGUGUGAUGCCACAAUUUUUGGGAGCCUCCUAGAGUCAAGGAACAUCACUUUUCUGAUGUAGCUGAAGUGAUGAUUCAGUGUGCUGCAAAAGAGGGGGCUGGUCCUGCUUCUAGCGUAAUCGCGUAAUUUGGUGUGUUCGAUGGCAACCUAAAGAGUCUUUUUAAGAAAAAAGUUAGCAAUUUUUCAACUUCUUCGGAAUACGAGUCCCCAGACUUCGGCAGAAUUACACAUUAUGGCUUUUGCUGUGGGUUCGAAUGAUUUGUAUUUAAGGCUGCUCUUGACUUCUUGCUUUGCUAGAAACGAACGCCAAGUACUGUUCAGUGCAACUUUGGCAUCUUUGAGCUUUUGUUGCAGAUGUUUCUUGAAGCUUCCUAGAUAUUUGUACUCCUUUACUACUUCAAUUUCGCUACCAUUUAAGGUCCAUCUUUCAUCUCUGGCCAGGCGACCACUGGGAUCUUAGAUGCACAUAACUAUUGACUUGUCCAGGUUAAUUUGGAGAUUCCAGUUGGUACAGUAGGUUUACGUGUAAUUGAUUAGCUUUAGGAUUAAUGCCCUCCUGUCGAUCGUGUCGAAAGCUGCUUUAAAAUCAAUGAAAAACAAGUAAAUUGUUUCCUUUUUUUUAUAGAACUUCGCAGCAGCAGAUGUUAAUGUAAAAAUACUAUCCACUAUCAGUAGCCGUUCCUAAAACUGGCUUGGUAUUCGCUUAGAAUUUGGUUUCGCUCUACGUACUUGGAUAUUCUCUCUAGUAGUAUCGACGUAAAGAUUUUUUGCACACUGUCGAGGAAGGAUAUACCUCUGUAGUUGACAGCAGCUUUUGGGUACCCUUUCUUAAAGAUCGGGAAAAUGAUGUUUCGCUUUAAACUCUCCCAUACGGUCUUCUAAAAUGCGAUUAUACACCAGCGUUAAUAGUGAAAUUAGCUCCGUUGAGGCGUUUUUGUAGAACUCGGCCGGAACUCGAUCGAUCCUUCGGACUGCAUCUUGGACUUCGCUGAGUUGUAUCGGUUCGUCGAGCUCAUUUAUUUCCAAAUAUGGCAGUGCGUAGUUAAUCUGCGUUCUGCUUGACAACUGAAGUAGUUCUUUAAAGUGCAAGCAAAGCGACAAUGCGGUUACCUUGAUUCCUCCCUGUCUGGUAUUCGAUCCGAUUCUUAUGCUCUGCAUAGUGACUUAUACGCUGUUUGGUUUCAUCGUUGGCGUUCUUCCUAAUAUUCUGGAGCUGUUUAAAAGAGUGCUUUCGUGCGCGUUCACUUUGCAUGGCUUGUGCAGAUUCUUGAAUGACCCGUGUGACUUCAUUUAUUGUGCAUUCAUUGUUUUUGCUUCUUUGCCUCAGACAUCUAUCCAGCCUGUUUCUGUAUAUUCCACCCAUCUUAGCUUGGGAAGCAGAUGGUCGCCGUUCAAUUGGGAAUGUUUUUCUGAUAGCGGCAUAUGAUCGGAGAAAGUUUCCUGUAAGGCCUAUUACUCACUUCAAUCAAAAAGGCAACGAAACGAAAAUUUCUAUACAAAAAUGACAGGCGGAAAAUUUCUUGAUCAAAAAUUUGUAUGGAGAUUUUCAUUUCGUAGGCUUUUCGAUUGAAGUGAGUACUAGGCAUAACACUGGUGUCAGGCUCCUCUUAUAGCACAAUAGUCUAUCGCGGAGCUGGCUUGUCCUCUUACGAAAGUAAAGUUGCCAUCCGUAUCUCCACUCAUUUUGCCGUUUAGAAUUGCCAUAUUUGUGGUUUCGCAUAGAUCUAUUAGCUUAAGACCAUUUCCAUUCGCUGUUUUGUCGCAGGCUCUUCCAGUCUUGUUGAUUAAGCACGCCGUUGAGAAUCCAGUCUCCGUUUCGAUCUGGUGCUCUCCUGUCCUCGCAUUCAAGUCGCCAACUAUUAUGACGUUGCCAAUUGUUGAGUUCCUCGAAAUCUUGCUUCCAGUUGUUGCAGUUCAGGUAUCCGGGCAGUAUGGAAAGUUUGUUUUGGGCACAGGACAAGGAUAUUGUGGUAAUUGUGGCAUUGUUGUGUUGUAAAACUGCAGCUUACUCCAGGGUCCAUCUGUAUGCUUAUCCCGAGAACCUGUCGUCCACUCGACCGCGUUGCGGGAAUCCAGUGUAGCUUGUGGUUUGGGAAAUACGUUUCAUACUGGCCAAAGCUUCAAAUAUCAGGAAUAUUUCAAAAGUGUCUAUAAAAGAGAAGAAUUUACUAAAAAUACGUUUAUUUGGUAUUCCAGCUAUAUUGUAUGCUACUAUAUUUAAACCAUAGCUCGCAAUUAACUGUUGACCGAUUCGUGCGGUCCCCAAAUAACUGUUUUUCUCUGAGACUUUGAGCAAACAAUCAGGGAGCAACCGAUUGAAUUGUUCGUACGGAAAUUUUGCUCGCACUCAGCCGACGAGCAGUUUUUUCGGCUUUCUUUUGCUCGGCUCGCUUACAGACCGAUUGCUCCUGAACGACGUUUCAAAAAGUCUUUUGCGCAUGUGUUAACGUUAACGUGCUUGGGCGAUAUUGCUCUCCCUUUCACUCGCACGUACUUUCAAAGGGAAUACAUUGUAUAGUUGUAUUAGUGAAAAGACUUUUUGCGAUGACUUUUUCAGUCAAUCGGUCUUUUAAUAAGUCUCCCUGUGCGAGCGACAUUCGUAUCUCUCAUUGAACGAGGUUCGUAACAGAGCGUCUCACGAACAGCUCAACGUAAAAGGCUCAACCGAAAACCAAAACGAAAGGAAACGAAGUGUGCUGCGCAGAGAGAGAACGAGGGGCAUGCUAUUUUUCGGUUGUUCUCGGGAGUAGAGCGUAAGGAAAAAAACGGUUAACAGUUAUUUGCAUGCUUUGAUUUAAACUAAUUUUAUUUACCGGGUUAGGGCUUUGGCUGCUGUACUGAUUUUUGUUUUUUUCUAGUUUUUUGGCAGUCUUGCCUUAGAGAGGACUUAUGUCUUCUUGGUUUAUUCCAUAAAUCGCAUUUAAAUGGUCUGGUUGACUUUUGUGAAUUAGUGUUUUUUCGGGAUUAUAAUGCACUUGCCUUGUAUGUUAAUUUCAUCUUCCCGACCAUUACUUUGAUACUGUUGUCAACCGCUGCUAGAUGGCGUUUUAGCAGGAGUAGAACUAAUUUUUGUUCCUGCUCUUUAAUGCAGAGAUCUUUUUCGACGAAUAUUUUAGUUCCUGCUAGUUGUUUUCCGUUACGUAAGGAUUCGUUGACCUUGGAUGCGGAGUCCAGCUCAACUAUUACUCCAACAUUGUUUGCCCUCUCGUAAAUUAUUCGCGUGUUUUGCACCUCAAUCUGUGGGAACUCCAGUUUGUCUCGCAGUAAUUGCUGAACUGCAGUUUUUGUGGCUUUCUCUUUGGUAAGUCCCUUUAUUAUUAUAUUUUAUAAAUUCAAAAGCGUGGAGAUCACCAAGUGCUGCGGAAACUGUCAUCGGAGUAUUGUUCGUUUGUCAAAAGACGUCUUUAUUUUCCGAUCUUCUCCCUGGUUUGGGUGAAAUUGGCGGCGGUUUUCGACUCUUCAGAUCCUUGCUGAUCUAUAGACGCCUCCUUAUCGAGGACGGUAGAAGAGGAAAACGGGUUCUUAUCUCCUGGUGGCAUUGGACUCCGCGGGCUAGCCUCUACCGUCGGUAUAAGACCACAUUCUGUCUUUUGAACUUCUUCGUGCGCGACUGGUAUUAUUGCCGGCCGUAUCUGAGAAUCUGACUGCUUCUCCGUGGAGCUUUAGUUCUUUUUAUACCGGUAGCUAGAGCUUUUAUUUUUGCUUCCGGGUUCUUAGCUGAUAGAAUA